AUCUGCUUUGUCGGGAGAUGCGGAAGUUGUAAAGGCGGUGCAUGAGAGGUGCGUUUUUAAUCUACCCUUUCCAACUCGUUUCAGUGUUUCACACAGAUAAAGCGGUUUCUUUCACUUUAAGUUCCACUGAAUAAAGGGUUAUUUACGUCCAUGACGUAAUGUUUUACAUUCCAUCACCAAUUUCGUGUUUUUCGAGUACAUACCAUCUUCAACUAGAACAAGUUUCGGACUUUUAGCAUCUCAUGGAUAGGAAGUUUGUUUCGAAAAAAGGACCAGCAUCACCAGCAUCACCUCGCAGUCAAACAUCUGAGGAGGAAGAUAUAUUUGACUACGCAGGACUAGAAGACUAUAGUAAUGAAAGUGGACCUGUGCCGAGAGAAGCAUACAUUGCUUUAAAAACAGCAUUUCGUACUGUUGAGAAGCGUUUACAUGGGGCUGAGGCAAAGGUAUCUGAGCUAACAGCAAAAUCAAAACAGAGAGAUAGAAAAGGAUCUCAUGAACAAGUGUAUAAAGAAAGAGAUGCUCUCUUGAGUCAUUUACAUAACAGCUAUCUUGCUUUUGAAGAAAAAUUUGGAGAGAAUGAAAAAUUGAAGAGGACGAUACAAGAAUUACAGCUUUCUCAGAAACAAACACAAGGAGACACUAUGCAGGCCAAAGGUGGCGCUUCGUCUGAGUCGACCUCCGGAAAGGAAGAAAAGCAAGAAGGAAAAAAAUAUACAGAUUUAGGCGAGGAGUUGAAAACCAUGGGUUUAGAAGUUAAGGAAGAAAAUAACCGGCUAUGGAUUAUCAUAGUGGAUAGGGAUAAUCUCAAAAAUUGGAUUGAGGAAAAGUCGGAAGGAUACAUAACUGUCACGAUACACGGAAGAACUAGAGGAAGUAACGUGAACCAAACAGGAGCAGUUGUAUCUCGUAUAGGGGGAUGUGAACAGUCAGAAGGAAAACGAAAAAAAAUUGAGGCGGAGGUUAUAUUAUUGAAACAGAAAAUUGAGGAUCAGGCACAGGAACUGAAUCGGUUUUACAAGAUAUUUAAGGAGGUAAUGGUUCAAAAUAAAGAAUUACGAACCAAGGAACAGAGGAAGGAAUCAGAAGCCGGCGGAGUGACUGAAGCUUCAAAACCAGAAGAAGCCUCUGCAAAAAGAACAGCCUUGCCACCAAAAACAGAUGCUGUACUUCAGAAGAGAGUAGAGACCAUGUUGUCUACAGCCCAAGAACAUGUAGUGGAAAUGAAAAAAGUUCGAGAACACUUGAAUUCACAAAAUAAUAACUUGCAAAAGCUGGCAGAGCUUACUGAGAAAACAACUGAAGAGUUCAUGAAAUUAAUCAAAACUUCGCAAACCAGGCCAGCCGGAGCUGAAUCUUCGGGAUAUCCGACAGAAACCCGCACUAGACAGGAGGGAGAGAUAACAUUUACCGAAAGGCAUCGAUUCGAACAAGUGGGAAAUUUCGAACGGUUAGUCGCUGAAGAUGCCCCUCUAAGCGUUCCCGUUCAAGCCGUACAAGAAGCAUCAGAAUACCACCGACUUAAUGAUCAAGAUGAAAUUGGAGCUACUGGUUUUGGUCGAAGGUUGAGUAAAGAAAAAUAUUUAUCUCCGAUCUCGAGGGCUUCUUCGGAUGGAGCCGAAGGAAGGGCAGUUCCCAUGGGAACAUUUUUGGCCGAGAACACGGGGACUGGAGAGAGUGAUAUUGAAAUUAUCGAUGAGGAGGAUUUCAUUGGUGCAACUCCUGUAGUCGGCAAAAUAUGUCCAAUGUGUGAAAAGUUUUUUCCUGAAAGUUAUGGUCAGAGAAAUUUCGAGGAUCAUGUGCAACAACAUUUUGGUGACGAUCCGUAUUAACUAAUUUGGGAAAACCCCUUUUCCUCCAAUAGUCAAUCACCUUUUUGAUGUAUUUUCCUUCUAGGAAAGCACAUAUUAAACAAAUCCACGGUUA